CACAGGGGGCUCGGGUGUGAGAGCGGGCAGACGCUGGCGGGGACGUCGCCGCGGUGCUUCGUGGCGUUUUUCACAGCUCGUUGUGACGCGAGAACUCGAGUCAGUCUUGUACUGUUACUGUAAGGGCGGCUGUGUGCAAAGUGCGUGGGACAAGACGGCAAAAAAAGACGAGCAAACAAGGCUGAGGUUACCGAGCACUUCUUUCGUGGCGAAACGUGAAGGCGGGUGGGGCUGAACGACGUCCACUUUUUCCUCAGCUACCUCACAACGCGGAAGCGCGGCGAAGGAAGGAUCCGCAAACGCGACUCCAAUUCCCAGAAUGCCCGGCGCCUCGGUGCGGCAGCUCCCAUUGGCCGCGCGGUGGUCGCGGACCGCCGCACGCGGGACCCCCGCCCCCCCCCCUUCGUAAGGAGCCGGAGACCGUCGCCCUCGCGCGCGCCGAGUUAUGCGUCGGAGAGCGGCGGCGGCGCCGGGCGCGCUCGUGGAGCACCCGCACCGCUCCGGGGACGCCCGCGCAACGCCGGUGGCACGCUCGCGGGAGGCGCGCGCCGCGCCGCGAGCGCCCCGUCCAUGCGCGCCCUAGCGCUGCUGCUGUGUCCGUGUGCGCUCGCGCUCGCCGUGCAUCUGUGGCUCGCGGCGAACCGAGGCGCCCUGCUGCCGGAGCGCCGGGACUCGGCGGAUGGGCGCGCGCCGGCCCGCGAAGUGCUCGUGGGAGUGCUGUCCGCGCGGCAGCACCGCGCGCUUCGGGACGCCAUACGGGAGACGUGGCUCGGCUACCUGAGGGAGCACCCGCGCUUCGGCCGGCGGGUGCUGGUCAAGUUCAUCAUCGGAAAGCACGGCUGCGCCGUGCCCGAGGAGGACAGGGAGGACCCGUACUCGUGUGCCCUUCUGAACCUCACCAAACCAGGUACCGAAGCUCCGCCUCCGCUGCCGCCGCCGCCGCGCACGGGCGGGUACGAUGCGCCGGUGUCUCGGCUCCAUGACCCCAAACCAGCAGAGGAUUCCCGCGACGUGGAGGUCCUCGCCGUGCCCCACGCCUCGGUGCUCGGCCCGUCCGACGUCUCGGUGGUCAGCUUGGACUUCAAGGUCCUGCACCCGGUGGUCAUCACGCGCCUGGGGGUGUUCCCUCACGGGCCUCACCAGGAGCUCUGCGGCAAUGUGACCGUCAAGCUCUUCCAGCUGGACCAGGAGGAAGCAGUGGUGACAGCGCGUUUCAGCGCCAUCAGCACGGGCACCAAGGUGAACGGACUGUGGUACAAGCCGGUGGAGCAGUUCAUCCUGCCCCGGGGUUUCGAGGGCUCCUUGGUGUGGGAGAGUCUGGACUCCACGAGUCUAACCACGGCGGACAUCAGCAAGGUCCAGCUCAACGCCGGCGGAGGGGUGGUGAGGUUUGCCUCGGUGGAGGAGGGAACGCUGCCGCACAGGAGCGCCCGUGGCUUCCCGGGACUGGCUGGAGGAUUCACCUUCUCCAUCUACGAUGCGGAGGCCCUGUCGGAGAUGUUGCGGGGGAGGCCGGCGCGGCGGGACCGGCAUGCGGCGAGGCUUCGGGAGGAAGGGGCGGAGCUGGAGCGGGAGAGCCGUCGGCACGGCGACAUGGUCUUCGUGGACGUGGUGGACACUUACCGGAGCGUGCCCUCCAAGCUGCUGCAGUUCUACAAGUGGUCAGUGAGAAGAGCUGACUUCAGUCUCCUCCUGAAGACGGAUGAUGAUUGCUAUAUCGACGUGGACGCUGUGCUAAUGAAGAUAGACCAAAAGGGGUUGAAGCGCAGCAAUUUCUGGUGGGGAAAUUUCAGGCAGAGCUGGGCGGUGGACCGCGUGGGCAAAUGGCAGGAGCUGGAGUACGCAAGCCCCGCCUACCCCGCGUUUGCCUGCGGAUCAGGCUACGUUGUGUCCAGGGACCUGGUCCAGUGGCUGGCCGACAAUGCGGACAAACUCAAGGCCUACCAGGGCGAAGACGUGAGCAUGGGGAUAUGGAUGGCCGCUGUGGGGCCGCGCAAAUACCAGGACCCCGGCUGGCUGUGCGAGAAGGAUUGCUACGCAGACAUGCUCUCUUCGCCCCAGCAUUCGGUCCAGGAGCUGCGAACGCUAUGGGCCGGGAGGAGAGCCUGCGGGGACCCGUGCGGCUGCCCCGGAGACCGCCGCUGAGCUAAUGCUGGGUGUUGGUUAGCGAGGAUGGAUUGGGAGGGGGGGCAUGCGUGAGGUUGCCCUGCCGUGGGCAACGAGACGUCCCCGCGGUGGGGAACUGUGCACGUGCGAGGAAGCGUGACCAAAAGGGCUCCCGCGACGCAGGAUGUCGUGUUUUGUGCCCUCGCGUUCGUUUCAGACGUUUUGUUUGUUUCUUUGUCACGCCUUACACGUUCUCUCAAGCGGUCGCCGGAGAACGACGCGCCGCCUGACCCAUUUCCGUGUGCUCCAGCUCAUUUCUGUGUCGCGUCGACGCGGCCUCGCGUUCUUCGGCGCUCCUGCCGAACCGCAGGCCGUUUCCGCCGGAAUACGCUCGGGUCUCUCGGCCCUGUUCCGCUUUUCCCGCUCGUCACGAGUAAUUCUGUUGGCAGCGCUCAGCCGUGCGUCGCUCACGUGACUUCCUCUUCCCGAGGCCCAUCCCGCACUGGCAGGUGCCUCUUAUAACCGCAAGAGCCACCGCUUCCUUUGGCAGCAAAUAAGCGCAUAACAUUGACGUCUCUAAACACGUCUUUCUCGUCCGAUCGAUUCAUCGGACUUAAUCUCCACGGGAAAAACACCGGUUUCUUUUAACGCGACUGUUCUAGACAUCAGAACGCAAGUCCUCCUUUCGCAGACGGUAAAUAAAGGUAAACAUCAGGUUAUUAAAUAUACUUCUCGAUGGAAAAACCGUUUGUGAAGCACGUUUAGAUGUCUCGCCGGGACGGUUUCGAUUUUUCGUGAGCCUCCUCUUUAGCCUGUAGUAUGUGUUGUGGUAGUGCCAUGCUGACCGUCAUGGUCGAAUUAGCGCAGCAGUUUCAAGGGAAGAGGAAAACACUGUACAACAUUAAAUCAGAUUUAAACAAAUCUGUACGAAGCCUCCUUUGAAACGUCUCGUAACUGUCCGCUCCAAAGAGCCGCGACUCCUGGCGGUGAGAUGUGGUCGUGCAGCAGCUGCGUUCCUGUCUGGGGGGUCCGCACUUGUCCCCCGUCGCUUUGCCCUCCAUCAGUCGAGUAAGAAAUGGAAUAUAUACAGCCUUUUAGAAAAAUCAUAUUUGGGGUAAAAAAAAAAAAGAAACCUUUCAGCUGCAGAACAAAUUCACGUUUUCCACCACAUUUCCAUAUAAAUGAAAAUUUAAAUUGAUGUUCAUAGUAAUUUAUUAUGUUCCCUUCAAAAAUAUUGCUCCAUUUUCCCUAAAACUUAAAAGCGCCGAACCUCUCACCUUCCGGUCAGAUGUCAAGUGCCUUACCCUUGACGCCUCUGAAGAGGGACCCCCGGCGGCGACGUUUGCGUGAACGGACUGGCGCCGAGGAGCUCGCAACUGGGGUCCGCCUAAGAGCGACGGCGGCUCUGCGGCACAGCGAGCGGCGCCGGUGCCAUUUUCGGACGACGGACAGUAGAUAAACGGACUUUCUCGUGAGGCGCGCGACGCACGCAGCGCGAGUUGCCGGCGCCCAGGUGUAUCGGACGUCGUUCGUCGGCGGCUUCUUGCACUUUGUCACGUGGAGCAGCAGCAUCAUCAUGCUUAACAAUAUUAAUCAUUUUCCAAAGUAUCGUCCUGUUGUUAUUUCCUUAAUUUUCCUCGUGGAUGAUUUAUCCCCCCAGGAUAGACAAACCACUUCUGAAUGCAUUUAAAUGCGAAAAUCGAUCCGCUGCCGGGUGGUACAGUUACAGGGAUACGCUGGGUUACCUCUGCAUUCUUUAGCACACAGUGUUUCCUGUUAAACAACUUGUUUGUCCAUAUCUGCGAUAUUUUCAGCUGCAUUUGCUCCCAGGUUUGCGAUAGACUAGCGUAGUGCCCAGGGUGCAACCCCCCGCACCCAUUGUUUCCAGGUUAGGCUCCGGUUCAGCAAGACUCUGCUCAGGACGUGUGGUUAUUGAAACUGAAUGGGUGGAUGGAGUUUUUAUUAUUAAACAGGUUGAGUCUCCAGAAAACUUUGAGUUGAAGUCACAAGUACCAGUUAGCCCAUGAAAUGUAUUUUAGGUAAUGUGGUCUAGGCAUAAGAAGUAUGCUACAUAUUUAAUUUGAUUUAUUUAUUUUAAACAGCACUUUGACUUUUUUUUUUUUUUUUUUUUUCCCCCCCCCUUCCUCAAGCAGCUGACAUGCAGUGCUGGUUUGUACUUGAACCUCCCUGGACAAGGUGUCGUACAAACUCCUCAUUAUUAACCAAAGGCAACAUGCGCAUUUCUGCACAGGAGUAGGAAAAACGUAUGUAUUUGAUCUGAGCAGUGGUGCAGUGGGUUUGACCAGGUCCUGCUCUCCGGUGGGUCUGGGGUUCGAGCCCCA